AUGUUCAGUUGUCUGCUAGAAGACAUAGAACCGGCGGACAGGAAACUAUGGCCACCAGCAGUAUGCGAUACGCUUUCAAAACUGGCCGAAGAGGAACUUCGCGAAUGUCGUAACCUUCAGAAGCUGGUCUCUGAGCUGUCCCAACCGCUCCAAGCCACGGACUGCGGUUCGCAGGACCUUCGCCCGCCUGCGGGAUUCAUGUUGAUCAAAUAUAGAGAUGAAGCAUAUGUUUACGGAUGCGCCCGCUCAAAAUGUAGCGAAGUUACCUCAGCCAUUUCGGACAGCCGUCUUGAGCAGCGCACAAUGGAAAUCAGAACGAGCCAGAGGAUAUGGGACCACAGCCUGUAUGGCUACGCUGUUCCCGAAGGAUGA